CGAAUUAACGGUCUUCACAACAUUCGAAUCAAAUGAAAAGUUACAAAAAUCUUCGACAAAAUUACACUGAAAUAAAAGUUGAAAUACUAGUUUAGCUGCAGUGUAGUGAAUUUCGGAUAGCUCUUACGAUGAAUACACCUUAUAGAAGUACACACCAUACCCCAAGGGUUUUGAAGAGGGAAAAAACGAAUCUUUCAACCACAAGCUCCGAUAUAUCCAAAGAACCGGUAAGGGUCUACUGUAGAAUACGGCCUUUAAACGAUCCAGACGAUGCAUCUUGCAUAUCUUUGAUAUCACCUACAGUGUUAUCGCUCAAUACAUCUGCAGAUCCAAAAUACACAUCGCAAAGAGAAUUGCAUUGCCAGUUCAAACAGAUUUUCACUUCUUAUGCUACUCAAAAAGAGGUCUUCGAUUUUGUUGCCAUGCCACUCCUUCAGGAUUUACUCAAAGGUAAGAAUGCUUUACUACUUGGAUAUGGAGUUACUGGUUCAGGGAAAACUCAUACAUUGUCUGGUGAGCCUAGUGAUCCUGGAAUAAUGCCUCGUUGCAUAAACACAAUAUUCAAUACAAUAGGUGAUUACCAAACCCCUAAAUUCACUGUUAAACCAGAUAGAAUGAAUGGAUAUCAAAUUCAAUCUGAAAAUGACGCGAUUCAUGAUAGGUUCUUAGAGAGUAGAGCAAAUAAUGCGAAAGUUGCCAGAGGUAAAACUCCAAGGAAGGUUGUAGAUCAACCUUUUUAUUUCAAUGAUGGUACUAGGAUAAAUGAUGUGGAUGUGGAUUGUUCAUAUGCUGUCUUUGUAAGUUACGUAGAAAUUUACAAUAAUACAGUUUAUGACUUAUUAGAUGAGUCUAAUGGAAAAAAUUUACAACCAAAAAUUUUGAGAGAGGAUCUUCAAAAAAAUAUGUAUGUAAUUGGAGUAACUGAAGUGGAAGUGAAAUCUGCUGAAGAAGCUUUUGAAGUAUUAAAUGCAGGCCAGCGCAAAAAAAGAAUGGGACACACUCUCUUGAAUGCAGAAUCAAGUCGGUCACAUUCUGUGUUUAAUAUUCGAUUGGUUCAAAUCGAACAAGUUGCUCAUAAUAGUGAUGGAGUUGCUGUUAUUCCUGAUUCUAAUUUGAUUAAGAUAUCACAGUUGAGUUUAGCCGAUUUGGCUGGUUCUGAAAGGACAAAUCGUACUCAAACAACUGGUAUGAGACUGAAAGAAGCUGGAAGGAUUAAUAACUCACUUAUGUGUUUGAGAAAUUGUUUAGAAAUCUUGAGAGAAAAUCAGCUUACUGGAUCCAAUAAGCUGGUACCCUAUAGGGAUAGUAGGCUAACAUUUCUUUUUAAAAAUUUUUUUGAAGGAUAUGGAAAAGUUGAAAUGAUGGUUUGUGUUAAUCCUUCUAUACGAGACUAUGAUGAGAAUCUGCAAGUGAUGAAAUUUGCAGAAAUGUCUCAAGAUAUUAAAAUCAAAAAGAAUGAACAUAAAGACACACCAUUUGCCAGGAAAACUGUGAAAAGAAUGUUAAAUACACCCUUGUCUGUAACUAAGGCUAAAUCUAAUUCCUCAUUUACUCUACCUAAAAUACCCAGUUUCAUUUUCAGUGCAACUAAUUUAGAGGAAACAGUUGCUCAAUUAGAUCAAAUUGCCAAAGUUCUGAAGCAACGAAGUUCAAAGUUCACAGGAAAUUAUAAUGAAUACAGUCUGAAAGAGAGUAAUUUCAGAAGAAGAUUAUGUGAAAUGAAUGACAACUAUAUUCUCAAUUCUUCUGAAAUGAGAAGUAUGAAAGCAAUUAUCAAGAAAGAGAAACAGGAAACUCUUGACUUGAAGAAUAAAAUUUCUGAUUUAGAAACUGUAAAUGACAGUCUUGCAUCCAAAAACAAUGAAUUACAAGAUGUUGUGAUAAAUUUGAGACAGAUAAUUGAUGAGAAAGAUAUGCGUAUUAACCAGAAAAUAUUAGAAAAGGAGAAAGCAAAGCAGAAAUUUGUUUUAGCAAAUGAACAAAUGUCACAAGAAUUAGAGCAUAAAUUGAGGAAGCAACGUGAACAAAUUCAAGCUUCGAUGCAAGCUAAAGAGAAUAAAUUGAAAAGAGUGAGAGAAAUUCUGGAGAGCAAUGAUACUAUAGAACCGAAGCGACCACAAUUUCAACAAUAUGAAGCUGAACUUGGAUCAACACCAAUGCAAGAGAUCCAACAUUCUAAUAGGAGAAAUGUCCUGACGCCAGCACCACGGAAUAGACGGUCAAGAUCAGAUGGAGAAGUUUGGUUAGAACAUAAUGCAGUCAAGCCGGUACCUUUGGGUACCGUUUUGCAACCAACAAUGAAUAAACGGAAGUCUCUGACAAAAUUAACCAAGGCUAGUGAUAUAACUCAUCCCAAACAAAGUAAAUAUUGUUUGAUUGCUCAAAAUCAAGACACUGACGGUGAAAUCGAAACAAAAUUGUAUAAAGGUGAUAUUGUGUCAACUUGUGGAGGGGGGGCUCAAGUUAUUUUCAAUGAUGUUGAACUGUUGAAACAGAUGAGUCCUACAGGAACUCCUUAGUUAUGUUCAAAAUGAUUUUUUUAAGUAGAAUUUUCAGUUGAUUGAAUUUCAUUUUAACUUAUGAUUUUUACUCAGUGAUUUUUAAUUAUAAGUAUAAAUUGUAUUUCGAUGUGAGUAAUUCAUCAUGUUGUACACAGCGCUGUUUUAAUGUGAUUUUAUUUAUAUUUUUGAUAAUAAAUUCACUUGACAAAUGA